AUAACAAGACCGUCUAUUUGACAUCCUCCAACUUUUCUUUCUAAUAAUCUUACAUGCAAAGUUCUGCAAGCAGGAUCGUUCUCGACCGAUUUAUCACUGACAAGCUACGGUUCGACAGUCAGCGACCGUCUGUACUUGCAUUUUGCUCCUUUUCUUUCCUGAUUACGGGGCUCUGUAUUGCCGUCCAGCUGUUCUCGAGAAACGAAUUAUACGGCAAUUGAAGCGAAAGGAACGCCAUGACGUCGUCUGUGCAUUUCAAGUUCAAGUCGCAAAAGGAACCUUCGAGGGUGACCUUCGACGGUACUGGAAUUUCGGUUUUUGAACUCAAGCGUGAAAUAAUCAGCCAGAAUAGACUGGGAGAUGGCACUGAUUUUGAGCUGUCUAUCUAUAAUGAAGACACCGGAGAAGAAUAUGAUGAUGAUACCGCUAUAAUCCCCCGGUCUACCUCCGUCAUAGCACGUCGACUACCGGCAGCUCGGCCUGGGAAAGGAGGCGCCGCACGUUACGUAUCCGGUAAAAUGCCUUUAACGGCACGGGGUCCUACGCGCCUAGAUCUCCCUCCCUCGGGUCGGAGCACUUCCGGUACCCCUGCCGGUCAAAGUUCGAUACCAGGAUUAGAAAGUGCGCAGACUGAGGAUGAGAAGAUUGAUGCUUUGUUCAACCUUCAGGCAAGUCAGUGGAAGGAACAACAACAGGAAAUGGCAAAUGCAACACCAGUCGCAUUUGGGAGGGGUCGUGGUAAACCUUUGAAUGUCCCUGAUCACCCGCCACCACCGGGCUACCUCUGUUACCGAUGCAGAGAGAAAGGACAUUGGAUACAAGCCUGCCCAACAAAUAAUGACCCGAAGUUUGAUGGCAAGUAUCGAGUGAAGAGAUCGACUGGCAUUCCUCGAUCACUGCAAACAAAGAUAGAGAAGUCGGCGGCUAUGGCCAUGGAUGGGUCUGCUGAGGAUUUGAAGAAUUCUGGUAUUAUGGUUAAUGCCGAUGGCGAUUUUGUUAUUGCUCAGCCAGACAAGGCUGCAUGGGAGUUGUAUCAGGAGAAGGCCAAAGCAUCUGCUGCUGCCGCUGCGGAAGCCGCCGCUGCUGAAGGAAGCAAAGAACUUCAAGCUAGAGGAUUAGAAUGUCCAAUUGACAAGCGCAUGUUUCUGGAACCGACCAAGACACCUUGCUGCAAUCGAACGUAUUGCAACGACUGUAUUACCAAUGCUCUCAUUGAAAGUGAUUUUGUUUGUCCUGGUUGUUCAACGGAAAGUGUAUUAUUGGACAACUUAACAGCUGAUGACGAAGCCGUGACUAAAAUCAAAGCGUUCGAGGCAGAAAAGGCUGAGGAAAAGAAAGAGAAGGAAAAGCAAGAGGAGAAUAAAGAAACUCAUCUUGAGAAUGGAGAGGAAGCAAAAUCUAGGAGUACUUCUGUGAAGCCUGCCACUACAACAACAGCAGCGGUAUCCUCGCCAAGUGUUCAAAGCGUCACAAGCACAAAUCAGAGCAAGAAAAGAGCUGCAGAAGACGAGGCCGAAGUCGAACCUACUGAAAGACCUGAUUCAUCAGCAUCUUUUAAGAAGCAGAAAGCCGACGACAGUAAGCAAUCGGAUGAUCAACAGGAAGACACACAAACGCAAGACGUCGCAUCCCAGAAUAGCGAUAACAACAAUAUGCCUAAUAAUAUGAUGCCAUUCCCAAUGAACCCUCAGAUGCCGUUUCCGAAUGCAGUGUUUCCAGGUAUGCCGCCGAUGCCUUUCGACAACAAUUUCAUGCCGGGAGCAAUGAACCCUAUGAUGAACCCCAUGAUGAUGCCCAUGAAUAACGGAUUUCAAAACCAAGGGUUCAACGGGUGGAACCAGAUGAACCCCAUGGGCGGAAAUAAUUUCCCUUUUCCGGUCAACGGAAUGUUUGGGGACGGCUCCAUGAAUAACUACGGACAGUUUAACAAUAAUUUCAAUCCAAUGCAAAUGGGACAAGGCGGUCAAUACAUGUCACAACAACAGUCAGGAUAUCAACAGGGUAUGGGAAUGAACAACUUUACGAAUCAACAACGGAAUAACUACAGCAACUACAACAAAGCGGCCGGUGGCAGAGACGACGAUAGUCCAUAUUUCCGUCAACCUGUGAACCCUCAACGUCACCAGGCCAGGCAGCGUCGAAUACGUCCUAGUGAUUACCGUGAGCUGUAACAGAAUCCAUGUACAAUUAUCACUAUCAUCCUUUUCUUUUCUUCCACUUUCCUUCAUACCGGUAUCCUUACGCCGAUCAACCCACUUGCUCAGUGACAUGAGUCAACUACCCUGACCAAAUCAUUUACAACAUGUAUGAGCGUUGGCGUUUCAAUCGUGUUAUGACAUGGGCAUUGGCCCAAUGUGCCACGAGGGCUUAUUGUACAUACAUGGUUUUCAUUUAGGCAUAGCGAGCUUGCAUA